UGUUGGCUCAUACACCCGGUCCAUACCUGAAGUAAUGGCCCGAUACAUGAUGUGGUCCACGACAGCUAUGGCCGUAGUCGGCAACAUCCUUCUGCUCAUCGUUUUCGCCCAACGAAAGGCCAUUAAAGUGCAUGACAUGCUAAUUGCAACUUUAGCUUGUCUUGACCUUGUUCACGCUUCUAUGAACAUCUUAAUGAAUAUUUUACCCGAAAGUGUAAAAACCUACAAUCCCCUUGCGUUUUGCUACUUCAGUCAUUUUAUGUACCACUAUGUACUACUUGCCAGUUGUUUCACUCUGGUCGAAAUUACAAUUGACAGACUUUUAGCCAUUUGCAGCGUUUUGUUUCAUAGAAUACAUGCUACCAAGAAAAGGUGUUUGAUAAUAAUUGGGUGUACCCAACUGCUCGUCUUUGCUCUGAUCGCCCCGUCCGCUGGAAUAUGCAUUGAAGGAGCCCGUCUUAGCAGCAGAGUGUACAUGUAUGUGGUGCACUUUCUGGUAGCCUCAUCCACUUGUGUGGUGAUGGGGGUGUGCUACUACAACAUAGGGAGUACAGUCAGAAGACAGGGUAAUAACCCAAUGCAAGAGCAGACAGACAACUACCGUCGCCACCAAGCGGCCAGAAAAGAAACACCCGACAUAUGUCUGAAAGAAGGCGACAAUGAAAAAGAUAGCAGAAGGCAUCAGGCAAGGUCACGUGAUGAAGGGGGACUAGUAGGGGGGUCAAGUCGAGCGGCUCGAGUGUCUGGUUCAAUUCUCAAAUGUGGGAUAGUUGAGAGCGAAGUGAGAACAACUUCAACUGGAUGCAGCAGCAUCAUCGACAGCACAAGACGAAGUGGAGUCAAAAGAGGUCAACGAGGUCAUGGUCAUGUGACCUCUAGCUCCAUGAACAACAUCUCCAGUCGAAUGAACAACAACGCCAGUGCGACAACUACUCAGAGAGGUUCAAAAACGACUCGUAUCUGCAUUUACAUCUGUGUCGUCUAUAUCACCCUAACCAUGCCAAGCAUCACCAGUCAGCUUCUGUUCCACACAAUCCCAACUCUAUCUAAAAGCCAGACCAUGUCAGACAUUUUCAUCAUGACAUACAUGCUGUCUCUUUUCAACACUGUCUCGAACCCAUUAGUGUAUGCUAUCUUUCAGAAGAAAUUCUUCUCCGAGUUGAAACAAAUUUGGACGACCUUGAAGCGAUUGUUUUGCUGUCAAAGAGGUGUCAAUCAUUUGGGAAAUACUUUGACGACAUCGAAUGUGAAAGUGUGAAUCAAAUCGAGCUAAAAGAACAAUCGAAAAAAUUGCGAAGGCGUGAAUGAACAAAGAUGUGGAGCUAUGAAUAUUGGGAUUGCGGUCUGUAUUUAGACAACCGCGUAUUCAGACACUGCA